AUGGAUCAAGGACACUACGUGCAGGCGCCAGACGCCCAUGAAUCGGCAAAAGCACCAUCUAUCCCCUUUAGUCAACUCCCCAACCCGUUGGCGAAGGCCUCAUUACCGUCGGUAGUGUUCGCCCAAUGGAUCCAGCCUAUGAUCUCACUGGGCUCUCGUCGAAUUCUGGAGCUCGAAGACGUUUGGCCUCCUUGUCCAAGGGACGAGUCCGAGGCGCUGGAGAAACGUUUUAAGCGAGCCUAUGACCCGAAUCAUAGGUUCAUUUUCGGUAUCUCACCGGUAUUCAUGGCCUACGUGAAGGUGUUUCGAGCGGACCUCGCAAUCGUGCUCGCCGGGUGUGUCGUUUACGUGUUGGCCUUAGGGCUGCAAACGUACGUAACGAGAGCUCUGCUGGAAUUCCUGAAUGGAGAGGAGAACGUUUUCCACAUUUCAAGUGGCUACUGGCUUAUGGCCAUGAUGACCAGCAGUUCACUGGUCGCUGUGUGCGUGCUUAACUACCUCUUUUUCAUCGAUUCGCGCAUUGGCUCCAAUAUGCGCACGUUGACAAUGUCUCUGGCAGUAGCCGGAUUGUCCAAAGCCAAGAUCGCGUACGCUCGCAUUGAUGCCUUUCUUGCCAGUAGUGAGGUUCCAAUCAAGUCAGCAAUUCUCCCAGCGUGUCCUCCAAUGCUUGAGUCAAACAAGGAGCCUCUCCUCGCUGCGCAUGCCACGAGUGAAGCAGCAGUUAGCGCAGGAUUCAUUUCCAUUAGAGACGGAACCUUUCAGUGGCCAGCGAACGCAACUGGAAGCAACAUAGUAGUGGUGGCCCCCGCUGAGGAAGUCCUGGAUAAAGCCGAUUCAACCACUAGCGAUAGUCCCUACGAUGACACUCUAUCGCCGUCACCUUCGUCUCACGGGUUUCAGCUCGAAGGGGUCAACUUGGAGGUUCAACAAGGUGCACUCGUAAUAAUCGUGGGUAAAGUCGGAGCUGGGAAAUCGAGUCUCGUGAAUGCCGUGCUUGGAGAAAUGCCACGCACCUCGGGCAUACUCGAGAUCGGAGGUCACGUAGCUUACGUGAGUCAAGACACGUGGAUCCGCAAUGCAACACUGAGGGAUAACAUUCUCUUUGAGCAAGAAUUCGACGCGGAGCGAUACGCUCACGUGCUGGAUGCGUCUCAACUGGCGAUGGACUUGAGAGCUUUACCUAAUGGAGACUUGACAGAGAUAGGAGAGCGGGGUAUCAACUUAAGUGGCGGUCAGAAGGCUCGCGUAGCGAUUGCACGUGCGAUGUAUCGGGCAGGGACGGACGUGUUGAUUUUGGAUGAUCCGUUGAGUGCUGUGGAUCCGCAUGUAGCACACGCGAUCUUCGACAAUUGCAUCGUUGGAAUGGCGCGUGGCCAGACUCGUUUGUUGGUUUUAAACAGCCAUUACGACUUACUGCCGCACGCCGAUCACGUCGUGGUGAUGCGUGAUGGUAUACUGGCAUCUCAGGGUUCCUACGACGAUGUUUUGGCGCAGUUCCCGCAGCUAACGAUGGACUUGGUUACUAUCGGUGGUGAUGGUAACGCUGAUGAGGACGUCAAAGUAUCAGAAUCUCGUGGUACAGUUGAUGCCGACCCUCCGACAAAAAGUGAAGAGAAUGCCCAGGAAGUAUUCACAGAAGCUAUCAAAGAGGCCGAAGAGAAGACAAAGAAGACGUCAGGAAGGCUUAUCCGGGCUGAAGAUCGUGUGAAGGGCAAAGUAGGCGCGCACGUUUACAAAACUUACUUCGAUGAGACCGGAUUCAACGGCAUCGUCGUCAUGGUCGUCAUCAUCGUGGCGUACGUUGCAGGACAAGCAGCACGUACAAUUGUUGAUUGGUGGCCAGGCCACUGGGCGCGUAACAUGCCACGGCGGGGAGUGGAUCCGACAUAUUCAAGCACAACGUUUGGCAUGUGGUAUCUUGGCUUCAUCAUGCUGUGUUCAGUGCUGUCAUUUGGACGUGCAUUGAUGAUGAUUGAAUCGUGUGUUCGAUCAUCAAAGCACAUGCACGACGACCUCUUUCGACGUGUCUUACGGGCACCUGUAACGCGAUACUUUGACGUGACUCCUAUGGGGCAGAUCUUGAACCGCUUCUCGAACGACUUGGACCAAAUGGACACCAUGCUCCCUCAAGAAUACCAACUGCUUCUUCAGAAUGUGUCAUUGGCUCUGGGUGCGAUGGCCGUCUCGGCGUUUGCGUCGUACUGGAUCGCCCUGACAUACAUCCCAAUCUUCGGUAUUUUUCUCUUUAUCGGGCAGUACUUUAAGAAGACAUCAAGCGAGAUUAAACGGCUGGAAGGUGUCACUCGGACUCCAGUCUACAAUCUCUUUAGCGAGACGUUAUCUGGUCUGGCCACCAUUCGCGCCUUCAGGAUGGAAGACGACUUUAUUGAGCAGAAUCGACGCGUUGUCGAUGCCAAUUCAAACUUGUACUUCACGUAUUGGGCUGCAAGUCGGUGGUUAGCCACUCGACUUGAUUUGCUGUCGGUUGCCAUCAUUUUCAUUGUCACGCUGUACCUCGUCGCCACUGUCGGAACUGUGGGCUCGUUGACGUCUGGACUGUCGCUCACGUACUCGCUGAUGCUGACGUCGAUGGUGCAGUGGGUCAUGCGUUCCGUGGAUCGCACAGACAAUGCAAUGACAAGUGUAGAACGACUACUGUUCUUCCGUCAGAUCGAGAGCGAGGCAGACACGGGCAAAACCAUUGACGACCUUCUCACUGAGGAGAGCCAGGCUUGGGGAACAACACCUAAAUCAUGGCCUUCGCGCGGAACGAUCCGAUUCGACCAGCUUUGCCUGCGCUACCGGCCAGAGCUGCCGCUUGUACUCAGAGGUGUCGAUAUGGAAGUUGCAGAAGGGGAGAAAGUCGGUAUUUGUGGACGCACCGGCGCAGGGAAGUCAUCACUAAUGGUCGCACUAUUCCGUAUAUGCGACUUUGAGAGUGGACGCGUCCUCAUUGACGACGUCGACAUCGCCGCUAUCAAUGUACGUGAGCUACGACGCAGCCUCGCCAUCAUUCCGCAGGAUCCAGUGCUCUUCAGUGGCCCGCUACGUGAAAACAUCGACCCGUUCCACGAGUACUCAGACGAGCGGAUCUGGAACGUGCUCAAUCAGGUGCACAUGGCCGAUCAUUUGCGUCGCUGGGGAGCCGGUCUCGACUUUGAGGUGGCUGAGGGUGGGGACAAUCUGUCGGUGGGCCAGCGCCAACUCAUCUGCAUUGGUCGUGCAUUACUCAAGGACAGCAAGAUUGUGGUGCUGGAUGAGGCCACAGCCAAUGUGGACACGGCCACGGACGCACUCAUCCAGACGACCAUCAAGGAGACGUUCGAGGACAAGACAGUGCUGAUCAUCGCGCACCGCAUCAACACGAUCAUGCAUUGCGACAAGAUUGCCGUUAUGGACGCGGGACGAGUAGUGGAGUUUGAUCCUCCAACAGCGCUGCUUGCACAGCCUCACUCAGCGUUCACUGCAUUGGCAAAUCGAUCGGGUUCAGCAUAA